AGCCUUAAAGAUAUCUUAACAAUCACCCACACUUAAAAAAGAACACACACACAAUGCUCUGAUCUUUCUUUUGCAAAAAUUGCAAAACGAUGUCGUCUUCAAUGGCUUUAUUUUCAUCAACCCCAACAACAAAUCUUCAUUCUUUUUCAUCUUUAUCAAAAACCCACUUCCCAAUUAGCCCAUUUUUGUCUCUAAAGCCACAAAGGCAGCUGCUUUUUGUGUCUGUUAGAAGUACUGAAAAUGGGUCUGGAGCUGCAGCUGCCAUUGUUGUUGAGGAAAAGAAAGAUUCUGAAGAAGAGGGUCCGGUUGGAAAUGGAGCUCCGGUUGCUGAAGCGGUUGAGGAAGUGGUUGUGAAAUUUGAAGAUCCGAAAUGGGUUUCGGGUACUUGGGAUUUGAAACAAUUUCAGAAGAAUGGAGCUACUGAUUGGGAUGCUGUUAUUGAUGCUGAGGUUAAAAGAAGGAAAUGGCUUGAAGAUAAUCCAGAAUCAUCAAACAAUGACUUCCCUGUAGUUUUCGACACCUCCAUUAUUCCCUGGUGGGCAUGGAUGAAGCGGUUCCAUCUUCCUGAAGCUGAACUACUCAAUGGCCGAGCUGCAAUGGUUGGGUUCUUCAUGGCUUACUUUGUGGAUAGUUUAACCGGGGUUGGUCUAGUUGACCAAAUGGGAAAUUUCUUCUGCAAAACAUUAUUAUUUGUAGCAGUAGCUGGUGUUCUUCUGAUCCGAAAGAAUGAGGAUCUUGAUACCUUAAAGAAACUGAUUGAUGAAACAACUUUUUACGACAAGCAAUGGCAAGCAACUUGGCAAGACGAGAAGAAAGAAUAGAAUUUGACAAUGAGUGAUUGGUAAAGUGAGAAUCUUGUUAUAUUUAUUGUAGAUCAUCUUUGUUGUAGCUUAUGAUUUGAUGCUUCAUUGGUGUUCCUGUAAGGCUGUAAUGUUACAUUUGGAAUCAGUAUAAGAUUACACAACUUUGAAA